GUUUUCAGCAGUUUUCAAUCAUGACGAUGAUUCAAUGCCAAGGGUUUGGACUGGAAAAGAAGACAUAAGGACUAUUACAAAGGAUGCAAGAUCUGCGUCUUUGAAACUUCUAUCAGUCAUGGCAGCCAUACUCUUAGAUGAGAAGCCAGAUAAAAUUGAGAAUGUACUCAUUUCCUCUCUCAUGGAUGGAACUGUUGCUGUUCCCUCUUCCCAAGAUAGAAGCAUAGAAGCUACUGUGGACCCCCUUGCUUCAAGCACAUGGGAAGAGGUUUCUCUAAAAGAUACAUUGAUCACGCCAGUUCAGUGCAAGUCAUUAUGGAGGCAGUUCAAAGCAGAAACCGAGUACUCAGUUACUCAAGCAAUUUCAGCUCAGGAGGCUCAUAAGCGCAGCAACAACUGGUUACCCCCUACAUGGGCAAUUAUAGCAAUGAUUGUCCUUGGUUUUAAUGAAUUCAUGCUUCUGUUGAAGAAUCCUCUUUACCUCAUGGUUCUGUUCAUUAUAUAUUUACUUUCAAAAGCCUUAUGGGUACAGAUGGACAUCGCAGGACAAUUUCAAAAUGGCACUUUGGCUGGAAUAUUCUCCAUUUCUUCAAGGUUUCUUCCUACUGUUAUGAACCUUCUUAGGCGACUAGCUGAAGAGGCUCAAGGGCAACCAGCUCCUGAAGCUCCAAGACCACAAUCGCUGGCUUCUCACAGUUUCAGGAACCACACUCAACCGAAUUCAACGUUAACAACAAUGCCUCAGUCUUCUGUAUCAUCAAACAUUUCAUCAUCUGAAGAUGGUGUUGAAUACACAAGCCCAGACUUGAGACACAGACAAAGUGCAAAAAAUCCAGAAGUGGAAAUCUCUUGAUAGGAGCAGUACUUUGUGUGUGUAAAAUAUGUAUCAAUGUAGGAGAUGUUUUUCUUCUCUUCCUGCCAAUAGAAACUAGAAAGUAAAAGAAAGGUGAGAGAAAGGAAUGUUCAUUUCACACAUAUGGGGGUUUUACAUGUGUAACCGGUAAGUAAUCUGUUUUUCAUAAAAAUGUUUCUUAGACUAUAAAUUGUUGAGAAAAAUCUCCCUACUUUAUUGUA